AUGAACAGAGGCGUUCCGCAAGGAUCUGUGCUCUCCCCAUUCCUCUUCAUGAUUUACAUGUCAGACCUGCAUCGCAUUCUCCCAGGUGACAUAACUUGCCUCAUUUUUGGAGACGACAUCUACCUUAUAGCAAUCGCUGAAACCACCUACGAAGUAAGACAUAAGAUGCAAUUUUCACUCCACCUUAUUCAGGAAUGGUGCAAGGACUGGUGCCUCGAAAUCGUUCCGGAAAAAAGUGCCGUCAUCAACUUUUCUAGAAGACGCUCAGGUGAUAACUUCAAUCUCAACAUCUUUAAUAAACCUAUCCCGUGGACUCAAAAUCUCCGAAUUCUCGGACUUCACUUCUCCAGUAACCUGAGCUUCCACCACCACUUCAGAAUUUUAAAACAAAAAAUUUUAAAGAAACUCUCCGCUCUUCACUGUAUUGCUACCACCCGCUGGGGAGCCCAGUCAGAACAUCUUCUUCAAAUCGUAAACUCAUGCAUCAGAAGUGUUUUAGACUUCGGUAGCCACAUCUUUACCUCCUCAAGUGUAACAGGUUUACGAACCCUCGAAAUCCUAUACAAUGCAGCGCUUAGGGUAGCAACAGGACUACCCCGAUGGACACCCAUUCCACUACUUCUCAAAGAAGCGGGAGUGAGCAAAUUAGCUUCUCGUCACAAAUGGAUAGCAGCUAAAUUCUACUUCCGGCACACCUCCCUACAUUCAUAUUCUCCAGUCUUCCAUCACCUAAAUCUCCCACUAUCCAGCUUUCCACAAGGUAAAUCGGCCCCGCUUAUACCAUACAUGCAUAAAUGGAUGAUUAGCAAGAACCUCUCCCAAAAUGACAUCAUUAAAUACCAUACCCCUACUCCAAUUCCCCCAAACGUCGUCAUUCAUUUAGACAACUUUGCAUUCCAAACCAAGAAUCUAGCCCCACCUCAGAUAAGAGCCUUAUUUAAAGAGUUUCGCUAUCGAAACCUUACCAACAGCAUUGUUCUGGCAACAGACGGAUCAAAACAAUUGGACAGAACCAGCGUGGGUAUAUAUUCCUCUAAAGGUUAUACGGUCUCUGGCCGAGUUCCGUCACAAACAUCAGUCUUCACUGCAGAAGGAUUGGCGAUCUUCCUCGCCCUCAAACAUUGUGUUACCAGCUACGAACAUCAUACCUUGCUAACAGACAGCCACUCAAUACUUCAGUCCCUCUCCAAAGGCACUAGAAAAUCUCCAAGAAUCUCACUACUUCUCCUAGACCAAAUAGCCAAAUCUAGCCAAAUUGCGAAGUCACUCUCAUUUAUCUGGGUCCCAUCCCAUACUGGUAUUACUGAAAACGAACAAGCUGACCAACUCGCUAAACAGGCACUUAAUCAAGAUUUUAUCUCGCACCUUUCAUCACCCCAAGAUCUUUGUCAAAUGUUUUUGAGAGAUGAGCUCAAUAAAGAACACAGAGAAUGGAAAGAGUGCAAAUACUUCCAACCCUUUCCGCACCUCGACGAACCUCAAGGCUACCGCCCACUUAUCAAGUCCCGAAAACUAGAUGUGUUAAUAGCCAGACUCCGAACGAAAACGCUUCCAACUAACGCGAUUCUACAUAAGUGCAAGUUAGUAGAAAGUCCUAAGUGCCCCAACUGCGGACAUAUAGACACGAACGAACACUACCUCCUGGACUGCUCUUUUUAUCAAAAUGCUCGUAAAGACCUCUAUCAAUCCUUAUCCCUGCAGAGCCCAGCUUUCACUGAUCUGGUUAACUUGUCUCUCAACUCCCGGACCAAAAUCCAAUCCCUCUUAAAAUUCUUCCAAGCAACUAACAGAUUCUAG